UCAAAUCCGCAGCUCAGAGAAACCUGCGGUCUCCUACACCUCGCACUUUGCAACAAACACAGUAGACGCCAAUUUUGCGAUAAUAGCAAAACUCCAACCUUGAAGUCCCCAGUAUGCCCCGCAGGCCAAAAGGGAGGGCAGACCCAAAGUCACCUGUCAAGGAAAGACCCAAAGAAGACAGCACAGACAAGCGCCUCCCGAGGAAUCCAAAUGAAAUGAAAAAUAGGACUCUUCAAGAAGCACUGAAAGGCGCCGCAGAUUCCGGCCAUGUCUUUGCAAUGAGCCCCAGUGUGAAGGCGGAUUAUAAGACGCAUGACGGUCCUGUCAUGAACAAGAAGGCGCUGCGUAAGUUCCGCAAAGAAGGAAGAAGGGGUGCUGAGAAUGUUUCUGUCCCUCAAACUCAGGCCUCGGAGCGGCAAACUGAUAAUGGGGAAUGUGGUUCUAGUGGAGUCACUGAAAGCGUACCAGGCACAACAGAAAUGAAGUGCCGUUUGAGGAGACUGAGCAAGCUGGGUCGCAGGGUUCAGGCAAUCAACCCUUCUCCAUCGACGAGGACAGGAACGCAGAUAAAUCUACAGAGGAUACCAACAAUGCCAGCGGCAUGGUUGACCGCCAUCGAAAGCGGUCAGUCAUUUGAGGGACUCAAUCUGAUCAUGAUGGAUCUGAGGCAUCAGGUCGAAAAUCUCAUGCAGCUGAUGGAGGAGUGCAAUAGUAAGCUUCGAGGUCUUAGCAACGCGCUGUGAGGAUUAGAGUCAUAUAUUACUCUGAAAUGGUUCGUCUGGCACAGUUUGAGUGAUAGGGUCGACUAUAAUUGGUCUUUGACUUUCAGUUGAGAGUCAGUUCAGAAAACCAUGAAUGGAGCGGCUACUCUACGAAGUCACAUUUGAAGAGUUCAAGAAGACAGGUUAGAGGUCGGUCGGUACCACCAAAAGCAGUAG